AGCAGACGGGAAGCCUCUCACGGACAAAUGGCGUCUCUCCGGUGCGGAGCAGCUGAUUUCCCACCGAGCACGGCAGCACGGACGGCGGAGAGCUAAACACACACCGCCCCCGGAUUUCUUUGCAGCAAGAUCGCGUCUUGCUUUCCGCUGGGCUCGUGUAGCAGCGGCGGCUGGACGUUGCGCACUCUCUAGUGGUCGAGAUUAGACGCUGUUCCGGUGUAAUAACAAUCCCACUGUCAAGCAAAACACAGAGGAGAGUGUCAGCUGCAGCUCGUGCUUCCCGCUGCUUUGCUUAUUUAUCUACGCUGCCUUGUUUUUCUGUUUUGGCCUCCGCUGAUGGUUAUAUGUGUAUCACCAGGGCCUGUAGGCGACAGUAGCAGGUCAAAUGUUUCCACCCUGACGUUGGAGGGACACAUAAUGAACAUGGGCAUCACCCCUUCAGAGAUAUCCUCCUCCUCCUCUGCCUGACUGGUUGGCCGCCUCUUCGUUAAUCCAAUUCAGGAGAUCAUCUUUUCAACCUUUUCCCGAGGUUACACCAUCAAGACGGCGUUAUCUCAGAAAGCCAGCUCUGUGGCGGUGAAGAUGACCACGGCACGGUACCGUCCCACCUGGGAGCUGGCCGUGGACCCCCUGGUCUCGUGUAAGCUGUGCCUUGGAGAGUUCCCUCUGGAGCAGAUGACCACCAUCACACAGUGCCAAUGUGUCUUCUGUACACUGUGCCUGAAGCAGUAUGUGGAACUCCUGAUUAAAGAAGGCCUUGAAACUGCAAUUAGCUGUCCAGACUCUGCCUGUCCCAAAAGAGGACACUUGCAGGAGAAUGAGAUCGAGUGCAUGGUGGCCACAGAGAUGAUGCAGAGAUACAAGAAGCUUCAGUUUGAGAGGGAGGUGCUUCUGGACCCAUGCCGGACAUGGUGCCCUUCUUCGACUUGCCAGGCCGUGUGCCAACUAAAGGAAGCAGAUUCUCCUGCGCUGCCCCAGCUGGUCCAGUGCGCCGUCUGUGCCCUUGAGUUCUGCUCGGCCUGCAAGGCCAACUGGCACCCCGGACAGGCCUGCCAGGAGAACAACUUGCCCAUUACCUCCUUCCUGCCAGGAGAAAACAGUUCUUUCUACAAGAAUGAAGAGGAUGACGCACCGAUCAAGCGCUGUCCUAAAUGUAAAGUUUACAUCGAGAGGGACGAGGGCUGUGCACAGAUGAUGUGCAAGAACUGCAAACAUGCCUUCUGCUGGUACUGUCUCGAGUCCCUUGAUGACGACUUUCUCCUGAUCCACUAUGACAAAGGGCCCUGUCGAAACAAACUGGGACACUCCAGGGCUUCUGUUAUCUGGCACAGAACACAGGUCGUGGGUAUCUUUGCUGGCUUCGGCCUGCUCCUGCUGGUUGCCUCCCCCUUCCUCCUUUUGGCCACUCCCAUCGUCCUCUGCUGCAAGUGCAAGUGCAGCAAAGGAGAUGACGACCCAUUGCCAACCUAAACACACCAUCAGAGCUGGAGCGGAGAGCCGCUUCAUGGAUGGGCCAUGUUUUCUUUUAUCCUUUUCACCCCUUUGCGUUCCUCUCCUCCCACCAGCUUUGAGUGCUUCAUUUAUUUUGGGCUGAGCCUGCACCAGCCCCGGCCGCUUCGGGAUCCAUCGCUCUGCAUGAGAGAGGCAUGGCAGGAAAGCGACCCAAUACCUUGGCCUGAAGAGAGGUGCAAGGUCAACGGUCAGAGGUCAGACUUGUCUAUGGACCACUGUGUCCGCGUGUUUGACGGUGGUGGUUUGGGCAUGUGGAGGAAGUCUGGGUCAUUUCAAGUGGUCUUUUUGUGGGUUACUGUGGUGUGGGUCACUACAAACAAAGGAAAAAUCAAAGUUAAGAAAUGCUUUUUCUCUUGUAUGGACAAUACAAUGCAGUAGCCACCUUAGAAAGAACUUUUACUUUAUCACUCUGUUUUGUCGGUUUGUCGUACGCAACAAAAGCUUUUUUCCUCACCACCACACUCAAUGUAGCUCUACAGAUUCAGUCAGUAGCAUUAGAGUUACACCACAUGUUUGGUGUUCACUCGAUUUGCACACAGGACAUGAUUUCUACGUCAUGUUCACGGCUGAGGUAGAGACGGGAGGCUGUUCACUCAACUCAAUGUACAGCACAUCCUCUUGAUGAUGUCAAUGUUUUAUAACCUUUUGCUUUUAUUAGAACUGUGCUCAGAAUAGUGUCCAUGUGUUGUACUUUUGAGUGUUUUCCUAACUGUAAGGUACACUUAUUAAAGGGGAUUGCCACUCAAAUCUAAAAAAUACAAUUAUUUUCUAUGGUUAAAGUGACAGUGAAGUUUAGUUUUGUUUGACUUUCAGCUUCUUUUCCCCAUACCUUUUCGCUGAAUUUAUUGUCUUUAAGACAUUAUACAUCUUUGUGAGAGAGUUUUUGUUCACGGAACAUUUUUAUGAUCUUAUAUCCAGAAGUUUCCGAAAAAGAGUGGCGCUCCCCUUUAAAUUCAGCAUUAAUUGAAAGUCUAUUAGAGGACUUUGUAUCCACAUGUUGUGGAACCAUUUUAAUACAACAGUAAAAGAGAUGUCACUCCCGUAAUACUCAGUCCCCAGGUGGUGGUUGAGCCAAAUAGAAAUGAAUAGCCUUAAAUUGAGACUAGCCAAAAUCGGGCAUUUCCCCCCUGUGCAUUAAAAAAGUGAAGUCCAAAUAAUCCCAGGGAAAGCAUGUUUAACAGCAUUUUAGAGCAUUACAGACAGUCAGUGAAGCCCUUUAUAUCCAGAUGAUUCUAUGAUGUCAUCCAUAUGCCACACUGUUAAUAGCCAUACUGUAAAAAAAAAAAAAAAUAAAUAAUUUUAAAAAAAGGAAGAACAAAACUGUCCUAAACUGAUGUUUUGUGUGACCUAGGGUCUGUAUUUCCUAAGCCUUUUUGAGCAGGAGAGCUACACCAUCACAAGUUAUCUAAAGCUUAAAGCUGCAGUAAGUGACUUUUAUGAAAAAAAUAUGUUGUUAUAUUUGCUCAAAGUAUUACUAUUUCUCUUUCCUUUCUUUCAGUAGCGCAUGAGAAUAUGAUAAUCUGUUAAAAAAUGUGGUUCUCGUGGCCUAGCGCUCCUGAUGGCAUUUACGAGGAUCCACUGUGCCUAAACAAAAAUACCCAACCAGUGUCUGGGGCUGUAUUUACAAAGCUUCUUAGUACAAAGAGCUGCUCCUAGUGACGAACGUCGAAGAAAAUUCUUUUGACAUUUUCUAUUAAUUUCUACUUAAAGUUAAGACUAGAUCUUGCUAAGGAUCAAACUUAUUCACAGCAUCUUAACCCCUUAAGGAAGCCCCAAAGGUAAAAACGUGUUGUAGUAGAGGAGGACUUUUAAGAGGCUUUAGAAUUUCUGAGGCAGAGUAGAAAAUGACAAACACAAAGAGGUUGGAGAAAAAUUAUCCAAAUGCUGGAUGACAGUGAGUUAAUGAAAUGCCACAUAUUAGAUUGUGCAGGGAUUGUGGUCGCUUUCUCCCAUCCAACGCAACAACCGUAUAACGCCAGAAAAGAUCACUUCAUAAGAUAUUUGGCGAGUGAAAAAAAUGCAACAAUGCAGCAGUGUGAUCACACAAAAAGCACUUUCACUGUCUCAUAUUCAGGCAGUUAAUUUCAAUUCCUCUGGGUGUCCACACCUUGCAGGCACACAAAAGCACAUCUGUGACAACCAAUCACGCCUUUUAAAAGAAUGUAUCAUACCUGGCAAUGGGGUCAACUGCACCUCCUCACUAAAGUCUCUGUCCCUUUCUUGCUCACAGUUGCUCUUAGACUUUUCCUCAAUCAUUCUAAAGCUGGGACUCCUUGCUAUAAUUUUUUAUGCUAAGUUAGGAGCUCUCUAUAGAGUUUUUUCCGAAUGUUUGUAAAUACAGUCCCAAGAGUAGUCUCUAAUGCAUGAUGCAAUGCUAACAACAGCGUAUAGGGCAAAGACAAGUAAACAGAAGACGACGACAAUGAACAGCUUGCUUUCACUUUCACACCUUCUGGUUCUUAUUGGUUAUUUUCCUUUAGCAGUGGAGUCUUGUAAAUGCCAUUAUGAGCACUAGGAGCAGCCAGACGAACAUGUUUUGUGUUUGUUUUUUUGAGAUUGCCUGUCUCCUGUACUACUGUCAGGAAAUGACAAUAGUUUCAUCAAAUAUGGCAAAAAGUUAUUUUCAUUAAAGUAACUUACUGUACCUUCAACUCAGAUCAUAUCUCCCACUCUUUUAGGCUUAACAAAUACCUGCCCAAAUUGCAAACUUGCAUAUGUUAGUGGUCCGAGUGUCAGUGUUUUGUUUUGUUGGUAGUUAGACCUCCAACAACAAGCAGCUACUCCCGGCAGGGGCAUCAGAAAAUCCUAUAGAGUAAAUAUUUAAAAAAAUGUUCCGUUUUUGGGCACAUACAAUUAUGAAGCUGCUCUAUACUAUAUCACUUUAUCUAUGCAAGUUUGUACAUUACCAUUCUUCUAUAGAUUUAUCAUAACCAACUGUAUGUCAUGAGUGGGUUUAUAUAGUGAACACUGCAGAAUGUCACCAUAUAUGUGCAUAUCAUGGCUUUUAUUUAGUCAGGGAGUUAUUCAGAAACUAUCCAUUUUAUAUUCAUCUUCUGUGUUGCUGUAAUCUUUCUUUUAGUUUUAUGUUAAGUUUGUGAGCUUGACAACCGGGACAGAAUUUGGCCAUUUUCAGUUGUAAGUGUCUUCAUUUUUUGGGGAGGGGGCGGGGGAGCCUCACAAAAAAAGUAAAGGAACAAAGGUGAGGCUAUUUACUUCUAAAUGAAUUAUUUUAGCAUGUUUGUCGACAUUUCAUAAAUUCAGUUUUUUGUUCCCAUGCAAAGCCAUUUUAACAAUUUGCAAAAGCCAUUUACUCCUGCUUUCUUUGCCCCUCGGUCUGGUGUAAUUUACCAGUGUUUAUGUAGCAUUUCAUGAGAAGUGUGGCUACAGUUACCAAAAAAAAACAAUGAUCAAUAGCUAACAAUAGUAGCUAAUCUAAGUUUAACAGUAGCUAAUCUGCAACUCUCUCCAGUCCUCAAAUUUAGCUCCAACAUUCAAUAUAAGAAUCCUAGUUAUUAGUAGCCUUACAUUUUCAGAAAUUACCUGUAGCCUGUGUUGCUUUCACUGACCUCACCUGCUGUAUAAGCAUGAUAAUUUGAUAUCAUAAGCAGUCAAAUUUUCUAUUUUAAAAGUUUGGUGCUUUUCCCCAAAAAAGUUAGUAUCCUCAAGCUUUUGUCGUUUUAAUGACAAUCGUGCCAAGCAGAUUUCCUGGAAGGGAUAAGGAAACAGAGCUGUCUACUGUAUGUGCAUUUUGACCAUGUAUUUGUAAUGUAUUAACAGUUUUUACAGGGUGGAAAAUAAUAUUUUAAUGCUUCUUUAUGUAAACGCUGCACUGUACAUGGGUUUUAUUGUUUUACUUCUUGAUAUGAUCCGUGAUGUGCGUGGUAUGGUGCCUGCUGUGUUUAACAGGGGAGUUUAGCAGCUGAAAUCGAUGUCUAUUCGAUAGAAAACCCAAUACAUGUGAGAGGUUGCAACUGUACUUUUUAGGGGGUUAAUGUUAUCAAGGCUCUGAUAUCACCAGGAUCAAGUUCAAAUAGUGCAAAAAUAUUAAUUUAAACACAACUGUCACCACCAUUUAAGUUUUGGAUGGGCACAAACGUACUAAAGUCAAACAAAAUUAUGACCACUUCCAUUUUUUUUUCUGCACAACAUUCUCCUUUACUUAUGUUUGCUGGCAUCACUGAACAGGUAGAUACUGUAUUAUGCAACAAACACAUAAGGGCCAAACAGCAAACAUUACAAUCACUGCGGUAUCACAUUGCAUAUUGUUUUCUACACUCAACACUUGUUAGGGCCUGUAGAAAAAUUCAAGCAGACAAAACAUCAGCGCAGGUGUUAGAAAUGGGACAGUCGGACCGAGUUAAGGGCUUGCUUCCAAAAUUUGGCUCAUGGAAGAGAAGCAAGGUCAAAUUUAGGGCAGGUACAGAGGCUGAGUCCUUGCCGCAGUGGUUGCGGGUUCGACUCCGGCCCUUUGUUGCAUGUCGUCCCCUCUUUUUUUUUACCCCCUUUCACACGUACACUCUGUCCUAUCAAAUAAAGGCCAAAAAAAGAAGCCCUAAAAAUAUCUUUAAAAAAUAAAAAAAUAAUUUGGCUCUUUGAAGAGAAGCAAGGCAAAAUUAAUGCUACAAAAGCUCAAAAUUGACUUAGCAACUAUCCUAAGAUCAAGUUUGGUUACGAGCAGCAAUUUAUAUUUUAUAACCAGUUGUGUCAAGAGAUGAAGCUGCAUGAUUUUUCUCUGACUUCUACAUGUUAAAUAUUACAAUAUUGUAGCCUCUAAAGAUCUUUGGAAUGGUAGCGUUGUCACUCUGUCACUCAGCUGUCUGGUUUUUGUUUUAGUUGUUUUUUUCCCCUCUUUAAUAAUCAGCCAUAUAAUAUUAUACAGUGUUGGUCCGCCUUCCUCAAUUCAGCAGGUUGGCUUCACGUGUGUUACUUUUUUUUUUCUUUUUUUUUUAUACGGCUGUUUUACAUUGUAGUUUGUUGUAUUUGCAUUAUCUGUUUUAUGAACGGAAUUCUUCAGGCCUGAUUGGUCAAUUAAAAUUAAAUCAGUCACCUCA